AUGGAGCAGCUCACGCAGUUCGUGAGUAAGUCGUUCGACCAGUCGCCGCCGGCGGAGGAGGCCAUCGUCCUCGCGGCGCCCGUGCCCGCCUGCUCCUCCAGCCAGGCCAAGGUGAAGCAGCGCCGCAGCCGGACCAACUUCACGCUGGAGCAGCUGUCGGAGCUGGAGCGGCUGUUCGACGAGACACACUAUCCGGACGCCUUCAUGCGGGAGGAGCUCAGUCAGCGGCUGGGCCUGAGCGAGGCCCGCGUGCAGGUCUGGUUUCAAAACCGUCGGGCAAAGUGCAGGAAGCACGAAAGUCAGAUUCAUAAAGGCAGGUAUCUUUGUCCGCUCGUCUACUACUCGCUUUGGUACGUCACUGGACCCAGCGCUGCUGCAGGUAUGUCACUGGACCUGGCGCUGCUGCAGUACGCGGCGGCGGCCGCCUCGCUCUCGGCCGUCUCUUCGUUGGCCGGACCGCACCCGCCGCCGCCGCCGCCGCCGCUGCUCUUCUACCCGGCGCCCGGCUACCCGCUGGGCCUGGCGAGCGCCGGCUGGGGCGCCGCCGGCCGGCUCGCCUCCAAGAGCAGCAGCAUCGCCGACCUGCGCAUGAAGGCGCGCAAGCACGCCGAGUCGCUGGGCACCGCCCUCAGCUCCCGGCUGUCGCCGGUCUGAGGCGGGUCAGCCGCAUCCUGAGGGCCCGACUCCGGGCGGAAUGGGAGGGGUGCCGGUCCCAACCGGGCUGGCACCAGUGUGCGACGCACUGACACCACUGACGCCGGGCGCACACAAGGUUAAGACAGAUCAACACCAGUGCCGGACGGACUAGCACUGGUCUGGAAAGGGCUCACACAAGUGUAAGAUGCACUGCCGCCAGGCUGGGUCGGACUGACACCAGGCUGGGGCGGACUGACACCAGUGUGAGACGGACCGACGUCUGAGACUGGCUGACACCAGGCUGGGGCGGACCGACACCAGUGUGAAACGGACCGACGUCUGAGACUGACUGACACCAGGCUGGGUCGGACUGACACCAGUGUGAGACGGACCGACGUCUGAGACUGACUGACACCAGGCUGGGGCGGACUAACACCAGUGUGAGACGGACCGACGUCUGAGACUGACUGACACCAGGCUGGGGCGGACUGACACAAGCGAGCAGACGCACUCUAGAGGAAGUCGUCCACGCGGCCUCGGUGGUGCUGAGUCCGGACUGAG